CAGCCAGACUGUGAAUCGACUGGCGGCAACCGGCAACAUUACAUGUACCAUCGUGCGGUUUUCUUUAGAAUUGUGGGUCUAGACUAGCAAUUCACAUUUUACAGUAGUGAAACAGCAAACAGAUAAAUCAGGUUAUGAACGGAAACGCAGAUCACACCAACGAUGACCUCGCUUCAUCAGCUGCUGAGAAGAUUGCCAUAUUGGACGCCGGAGCGCAGUAUGGAAAGGUGAUUGACCGCAAGGUGAGGGAGUUGUCGGUCGACACCGACAUUCUACCUCUGGACACGCCAGCCUAUAUUCUCAAAGAAAAGGGCUAUAGAGGUAUCAUAAUCUCCGGCGGACCUAACAGCGUCUAUGCCGCCGAUGCACCCAUCUAUGAUUCAGCCAUCUUCCACUGCGGUCUUCCAGUACUUGGUAUAUGCUACGGCAUGCAGAUGAUGAACAAAGAGUUUGGCGGUAGCGUGCAGAAGAAGUCUGUCCGAGAAGACGGGCAGUUUACCAUCACUGCCAACACGGAUGUUACAUUAUUCAGGGGUCUGGCAAAAGAACAGACAGUACUACUGACUCACGGAGAUAGUUUGAACAAAGUGGCGGAUGGUUUCAUGGUGGCAGCUUCGUCGGGAAAGAUCAUUGCAGCUAUUGCAAACGAGGACAAAAGACUCUACGGCGUGCAGUUUCACCCAGAAGUGGACCUGACCGAGCACGGCAAGGACAUGUUGCAUAACUUCCUGUAUCGCGUGGCCAGCCUGACAGGGACGUACACCAUAAGCAACCGACAGGAGGCCUGCAUCAAAGAGAUUCAAGAGAAAGUUGGCUCCAGUAAAGUUCUGGUCUUGGUUAGUGGGGGCGUGGAUUCUACAGUCUGUGCUGCAUUACUGUCAAAGGCACUCAAUGAGGAUCAGGUGCUAGCUGUACACAUCGAUAACGGGUUCAUGCGUAAACAGGAGAGCCAGUGUGUACAGGAGUCAUUGGAAAGGAUUGGCCUUCACCUAAAAGUCGUGAAUGCUUCGCAGUCUUUCUAUUGUGGGACAACGACUGUGCAGUCCAAGAGGAACGACCCCAAGUCACCGAAGAGACAGACCAAGAUGUUGAACACCACUGUGCAACCUGAAGACAAGCGCAAGAUCAUCGGCGACACAUUCAUGAGGGUCGCCGAAGAAGUCUGCGUGGAGUUAAACCUGAAACCAGAGGACACGAUUCUAGCUCAGGGAACACUGCGACCGGAUCUUAUCGAAAGUGCCUCUCACCUCGCGAGCAACAAAGCCGACGCGAUCAAGACCCACCACAACGACACGGAGCUCGUGCGCCAACUUCGGCGGGACGGCCGAGUGGUGGAACCGCUCAAAGACUUCCACAAGGACGAGGUGCGCGCGCUGGGCAGGGAGCUGGGGCUCCCUCUAGAGAUCGUCCAGCGCCAUCCCUUCCCAGGACCAGGAUUGGCAAUCCGAGUCAUCUGCGCCGAGGAAGCUUUUAUGGGCAAGGACUUCUUAGAGACAAAUUCCAUCCUGCAGAUUCUGGUAAACUACAACACCGCAGUCAAAAAGCCCCACGCGUUGAUGGGUCGCGUCACAUCAUCCAUGACAGAAGAAGAGCAAACGCUGCUGACCUCAGUCACUUCAGCCGAUCAGUACUUUGCCACCUUGCUACCCAUCAAGUCGGUCGGCGUCCAGGGCGAUGGCCGGACGUACAGCUAUGUUGCAGGGAUCAGCUGCCAUUCUGAUCCGGACUGGGAGAAGCUGUUAGUGCUUGCCAAGAUGAUCCCUAAACUGUGUCACAAUAUCAACAGGGUCGUUUACAUAUUCGGCGAUCCUGUGAAGGAGACCAUUACCGAUAUCACCCCUACCUUCCUCACGCCGGGUGUUCUGGGCACGCUCAGACAGGCCGACCACCUUGCACAGUCGGAGCUCAUGCGAAGCGGUUAUUAUAACAAGAUCAGCCAGAUGCCUGUCGUUCUAGUGCCGCUCCACUUCGACCGGGAUCCCACAAUGCACCAGCCCUCUUGCCAACGCAGCGUGGUCAUACGCACGUUCAUCACCAACGACUUCAUGACGGGAAUACCGGCCCAGCCGGGCAAACACCUUCCCGAAGAGGCUGUUGGCAGACUAGUGGAGAGUAUUCUGACAGUGCCUGGCAUAUCCAGGGUCAUGUACGACCUGACGGCCAAGCCGCCAGGAACAACGGAAUGGGAAUGAUGCCGCGAUAUCGUCCAAGCCUGUCUGCCACAUUGGAAGGUUGUCCUACUCAGAUUUUCUCGGAAAGUUGACUAUUUUUGUACGAUAGCAAGUACAUAUUGGCUGCUUUACUGGCUGCUAGUAAGAUUUUAUCCAUCUUUUCUUGCUGCUGUUUAGAUUCGGACAAUUUGCUUUGUGAAUUGUGUAAAAUAUGAAAGUGAAGCAAAAAUGUAAGCGACCAACCAAAAAUGCACAAGUCGCCUGAGCCACUGUUAACUUCAAGAUUUUUAAUACAAUCUUGCAUGGUAUACAGCAACAGGAAUUCUCAGCAUUUUUUUGACCCACGUAAUGUCCAUCUGCAUUAGGAUGACUGGCUGAGUGAUACUUCAAAACCAAGCAUUUAGUCUGCAAUCUCUAAUGCAAAUUGAAAUGGCCCUAAGACUCAUUUUGUGGGAUUCAGUCACAAAUACUGAACCGGUGAAAGAGUGGCGUAUAGACAUAUUUUUAAAAUUCAUUAGAGUGUUGAUAUUGACAAGGACAGUUAUGUAGCAGUAGUUUUUCUUUGUCCUUUCAGGACAAGGUGUCCAGGGGUUUUUUUGGGAAUGGGACAUUUUAGGGAAAUUGCAGUGAUAAAUUUGAUACAAGCCUGGCAAAAGACGAAACUCGUCGCGAAAAAUAGCAGGGUAAGAUGAUAUUGCUGUUUCUUCUUGAACAGCGCAGUUGCCACUGCGUUAUUGCUUGACGGAAUCAAAUAACCAGCUAGUUCCGUUGCAAAUAUACGUACAUUUGUUUGGGGGAAUCGCAAUUGGAUGGAUUUCCUGGAAACAGUUUGAAGGUGAUCGUCGGUCGCUUGCACAACUGGGUUCCUGUGCUUGUUUUGUUUGCGUGUUUGACUUUUAUCCACGUUAGGAACCUACACAAGGUGCUUACCCAAGAUAGACGGCGUUUCAUCCAAAUUUACAUUCAGACUUGUUGCUGUGGACACGCACCUGUGCCGCACUUGGAUGGCCCAGAUAUUGAGGCACACACGGACCUCGAAAGGGCAUGAGUGUUGACGUGGUCAGCACUUGAUGAUGGAGACUUGUCGUGUUUUUGCAUGUCGUACUUUCAAGAAAGCCUUAGGGAUAUUUUGUGAAUCUUCUUUGUCGUGUGCCCACAUUGAUAAGUUUAUUUGCAAUUCGUUACAUUUGAGACGAUCACAAGACCAGACAUGAGACCAGUCACCAGACCAAUCACAAGCAACGUGGUGAACAGGGAGAAAGUAAUACUUUGGUUGCCGUUCAUUUUGAAUACAGUAGCUUUGUGGCUCGAGUUCGGACGAGGUGUGAUGUCAGUUUUGUAAAGCCCUGUGAUCAUUGAAGGGUCUCGGUUGCAGGUCUUUUGUUCGUUGCUCUUGUACUUACAAACGAUUGAUGUCUGUCCAGGCUGUGAACAAGUUGAUUGGGGCUAAAGAGACGAGGUUGCACAAUUCUUAGACCUCGUGACCAUGUUUAAAUUCUGUCCAGUGCUUCUGUUCUUGCCCCCACCUUUAAACCUUUAAUUUUUGGAGUUACGCAGUUUCUGUCGAUGUUAUUUCAAGUUUAGUACAUGUACAUGGACGCCGCACGUGUGAUAGGUAUUUGAAAUAUUUCUAAGUUGGUGCUCGGAUUCGCUGAUCUUCAGAUUCAGAAGGGAAAGAAAAAAUGGAAUGUUUAUUUUGAGAACUCUCGGAUCCGCCAACCAACAAUUUACUGAAGUGUUUAAAGAAAUCUUUUUUAAUUCCGCUGUCCCACAAAGUUCCCAGUCCUCGGCUGCCAGCUCCAGUGGUGAGGGAUACCAUACCAUUUUUUUUUUUCUGGAAAUUUUUUUUCUUAUUCUUCACUCCGACUUGAAGACCCUUAUUUGUUUCUUGAGACCGUAGAAAAUACUUUUGUUUUUUGUUUCUGUCCUUUAAACUUAUUUAUGUUUAAAAAAUCUCAGCACCCACUUAUAAAAAAAUGCUGGCCAAAGCAAUGCUGUGUAGCACACGUGACCUACAAUGCGUGUGCAUUGCAACUGAAAGUUACACUGUGAACGGAAACUUGAAAAUGUUUGCCUCCAUGUGAAAAGGCUUGAAAAUGUUUGCCCAUCCGUGUGAAAAGUUUGAAAAUGUUUGCCCACCCGUGUGAAAAGGCUUGAAAACGUUUUCUGGCUCUUGUAAAAAAGCACGACAACAUUUUCCCACUUGUGUAAAGAGGCAUGAAAUUCUUUUCCCUCUGUGGGAAAAUUUGUACAUAUUUUUCUGAAAUGAAAAUAAAUUCCCUUGGGAGAGAAAAGCGUGUAGGGAAUUCCCCAUUCCCAGGUUAGCUUUCAGCUGCAGUGCAAUGUACAUGUGCUGUGAUAAAACAUGUUCCGACGCAAAAGAGAAAAAAAAGGGCAAACAGAGGGUAUCAGGAGCGUAUUGAGACAAAUUUUGAAUAAUUUUUUUUUCAGCCUGAGAAGAAGAAAGAGUAGUUUUUAAAGAAUAUUCAUGACAUUGCAUGGAUUCGGAUGUUCUAAAACCGGGCAAGACCACUUCGCCCAGUUUCAUCCAAUUACCACACAACUUCUCUACCAUCCAGGAAGUUGUGAGAGAAAGCAUCAACCAACCAUUUUUUUUCCUCCCUUGCUUGUUUUUGUGCGUGUUGUUAAUUUAUUGGGGCCGUAAUUAAACAUGAAUGUUGUUGCACUAGUGGUUAUGGUAACAGGUGACGGGGUUUGGAGACACAAUAACAGCUGAAAAAGUUUUGGA